CACAUGGACGACGAGUGACGACUCUGGCCACACGAUUUCAGUAUUUUCAGUUGAUUUUAAUUCGAAGUAGGAUUAAGUAGGAUCUAGGAUGAUGACUCAGGAGAGCACAAUCGAAUGCGACGUAAAUAUUUACUUCGUCGUACCGAGUCAUCUGGACUCCGAAGAUGAUUGCAGCGAGAAUAUGUGGCAGACAUUUAACAAAUGCAAUGAGCUUAGUUUGCGUCCAGAAUGGGUUAGCGAACAGUUUUGCUGUAACAUGAAACCAGAGAAAAACGAUGUAUUUGUUAUAGAGGAAUUUAAAGGAGAAGUGUUCGAGAAACUGAAGAACUUUAAAUGCUCCAGAAUAGUAUCACCGAAAUGUCUGCUAAUUUGUUUUCUAAAUGGAGAACCAAUACCAGAAGGAAGAAGCCCAAUUUAUACGACAUCCAUGAGAAAAAUGUGCAUUUGUGCAUCAGGUUUUGAUGCCGAAAUUAAGGACUGGAUACAACAACGAGUUGAAUAUAUGGGAGGCGUCUUCACGAAGCAAUUAAGAAGUUCUGUCACACAUUUAGUAGCGGAUAAUGUGAUGUCUGCAAAAUAUGAGAAAGCUAUAGAAAUGAAAAUACCAGUCAUGACGAAAGAAUGGAUAGAAGCUGCCUGGAAAGCAAAUUUGAAGGAGGUGAUUAAGGCUGAUGAUAAGAUUUUUGAUAGAUACAAAUGUCCAGUUUUUAUGAAUUUAAUAGUUACUUCCACAAAUAUUCAAAGACGUCAAAAAGAAGAAAUUAAACGUUUAAUACAACAACAUGGAGGAAUAUUCAUGGGUCCUCUUGAUGGAACGAAGGUUCGAGUGGUUCUAACUACUGAGAUUGGUCCAUUAAGCGAUAAAUUAAAGUAUGCAAUGGAAAAUGACAUAGCCUGUUUGAAACUUGAUUGGGUAUACGAAAGUAUUAAAAUAGGAUACGCUCUACCCUUCUCUAACUUUAUUAUCCAAUCUGUAAAAGCAUGUUCAACACCAGAAAAAUCAAACACUCAAGAAUUGCUCAAUUGUUCUAACAUUAGCUCUAUAGCACAUGAUAAACGUCACACUAAUAUGAUAAGUGAGAGUUUUUGUACAACAAUAUCGAAUUAUUCCAAUAUAGAUGCAGUAAUUGGUAAACCCUCAACCUCUAAGUUAAGCGUAUUGGAUCGACUCACUUUCGGUGAAGCAAAAUCAGCUGGACCAUUUCUGGACGGAUGUAAUAUUUAUCUUGCUGGAUUUGUGACAAGUGUCAGAGAUAAAUUGAAUAAAAUAUUAAAUGUUGGCGGUGCAACACGUUUGGAUGAUAUAUCGGGUGCUGUGACCCACGUAAUUGUUGGCGACGAGAGCAAAGCAUCCGCAGAAUUAAAAGCGAUCAAAUCGGAAGGUUUAUGUCCUUACAUAUUGAAUGUAGAAUGGCUGGAGGAGAGUAUGAAAUUAAAACGACCUGCAUCAGAAGAACUCUUUUUGUUUGAAGUAAAAGAUGCAGUAUCUAAGAAAAACAUUGAGACACCUGCUUCACCGCUCAGUAAAAAGAAUUUACAAAUGUUGCAACAAUCGAAAAGAUCUCUACCGCCUUUGAAUUUAGAGAAAGUACUUCCGCCUGUGAAUGAAAAUGAGCAACCUGAUCUCGUGCAGCAAUAUCUGCAAGAGAAUGAUGAUAGCAGUGUCAGACAUGAAUUUAUCAAACCACUUAUCCCUGUUUCAAAAAACAAAGAUCGAGAGGAUUUGAGUAAAGCGAAAAGUGCGCACAUCAGUGUAUUAGAUGUAACAAAAAAUGUAGAAAGUGAUAACACCAUGCCACUGAGCCAAAGCUACACAGUGAACGAAAAGUUGUUCAAAGGUUUAACAUUCGUUGUGGCCGGUUUUGAUGACGAGGAUAAUCAUAUAGAGACAAUCGUAAUGUUGGGUGGGCGCUUAGCCUCGAGAACCUAUAGUGGUAUCCCGGAUUAUGGUAUUGUGCCUGUGGACGGAGCACCAUUAAAAUAUACAGUUAAUGAAAUUGUGAACGAUUUAUUUAUUGAUGAUUGUGUAAAUCAGGAGGAAGUUGUGGACAUUAUGUAUUACCACAGGCCAUUAUCUAUUAGAAAACCUUGUAAUCCAUUAUCAGGAUGCGUCAUAACGAUGAGCAUGUAUACUGGGUCUGAACGAAUGUACCUUUCGACACUAGCUAUGAAACUUGGCGCUAUAUGUCAAGAUAUGUUUGCGCGGAAAGCCAAUGCAGAGAAGAAUACACAUGGCAGUACACAUUUGGUUUGUCCAUCCCCGGAAGGAAACAAAUACAACGCGGCUGUGAGAUGGAAAUUACCGGCUGUCACAGCCGACUGGUUAAAAACCUGCGCGGAUGAAUUAACGCUCGUAGAUGAAACUCCGUUUCUCGUUGGAGAAACAAUAGCACCAGUUAGAACGACUAGCGAAGCGAAUCUUUCAGCUACUGGCGAAAAUAGACCAAGUCCAGCAAAAGAAAUUACAUCAAGAAUGAUUACACCGAUACGUCAUUUAUCUCAGGUCAAGGACGCAUUUUCUGUCGAAACUCCAUUGAUAAAUAAAAGACUUAGUCUUGUGAUGAACCAGACAUCGCCGUCACCAUUUCACGUGUCCACUCCGGAGAGUCCAUAUGGACAGGUCUUUAAACCCAAUCCUUCGCCUGAUACUCGAAAAGGAUGGAUUAAAUGGACAGAAAAUUUUCCUGAUUUGCAAGUAGAAGAACCGCCGCUAAAACGACGCGCACGUAGCACUCCGCUUUCAGCAUUGAAGAGGCAAUUGUGGGAAAAAUUAAAGAAUCCAGAUCAAUCUGAAAAAGAACAUGAAUCGGAUCAAGCAAUAACACACGAUGAUGAUAAUGAUUCUUUUUCGAAAAGAGUUGAAGAGGAGUCUAACAAAACUGUUUCAACUUUCAUCCCACCCAUCAACCGAAAACUCGACUUCGACGAAAAAAGUAGCCCAAUAUCAAAAGAAAUAAACAUGCAAAUAGCACAAUUGGAUCAAGUGCUUCAACGAACGUCCAGUACUCCUGAAAAUAGAUAUUCGCUAUCUGGUGAAAAUGCGAAGAAGUACAAUGAAGCUUCCGAUCAUAUACAAAAAUGUAUAGUAAAGGAUUCACAAGCUAUCGACGCCAUUGUAUGGGAGGAUCCAGAUCAUCCAAAACGAUCAACCUUAGGUAAACGGUCAAGUAACGAUAAUAGCAAUGUUAUUCAUGAAGAACAUACCGAUGAAGACGCCAUAGAAUAUGAACAAUCAACAAUACGAAAAUUUAUGCUGUCGGGUAUAAAGGAUAGAAUUGUGUACGAACAAGUGAUAAGAGAUCUAGGUGGAGACGUGUCUACGGACACAAAUUUUGAUAACAGUGCUACACAUCUCCUGUGCAUCAGACUCUCCAGAAACGAAAAAAUGCUUAGCAGCAUAGCUUCUGGAAAGUGGAUUCUGCAUUGCUCGUAUCUACAGGAUUCUAAACGAGAAGGCAGAUUCCUCGACGAGGAAGAGUACGAAUGGGGUAAUCCAAAGAGUAAAAACAAGAUUCCAGAACCAAGUAGCAAACUCGAGAAUGCGAUCGGAGCUGCGGUUUACAAAUGGCGAUUGAAAUUACAGAAAGAGUCGUAUGGCCCAUUUUCGAACAUAGUAGCUCUUUUGAUGGUCUCAGAAGAAAAAUACGAUCAAUUUAAGAGACUGAUCGAAGCUGGUGGCGGUUUAGUCAUGCAAGCAAAACCGCCUUAUGAUGUCAGUCUGCCUGGUCGCAGAAUCACACACUGUUUCGUUAAUGUGAAACAGGUAAACCAGUCGGUAGAUUGGGCUAUGCUGGCUAGCAAAGGCAUCCUCUGUUUCUUGCCGCAAUAUCUCAGCGAUUAUUUAACCACAGUGACGCCGCUCAAUCCACGAGACUGUGUACUCCCAGAAUUUAAGAAAUAUCUGGCGCUACUGCCCAAGUAGCAAGAUUGAGGACAAAAUUAUAAUUAAAUUUGCAAACAAGCAUAUGUCAUUGGUUCGUGAGGUACAUACAUUCAAUACUGUACAUAGCAAAUUCGUUCAUUAAAAUACGUACAAUAGUGAUACAUACAAUAGUGUACAUAGUAAAUUCAUAAUUACAUUAUUGAAGAGAGA